AUGACUGAGAGGGAAGGAAGAGGAAACAUGGCGGCUCCUAACCUCAGCACAUGUUUCAUCAUCUUCUUCUUCGUCUUCUUCUCCUCUCUGCUGGUUCCCGCCGAACUUCGUCCUGGUGAGUUUUUACUUCACUUAGUUUUAACUUCAGUUUCAAAGUUCGGAGGGAAAUUAACGGAACCGAAUCGGUACGAACUUAGACCGGCUGACUGAGUCAAAGCCGGUGUUGUGCCGUUAAAUGCCCCCCCCGACGGUAGCGGGUUUUAAGUACUUCAGAAGGCGAAAACAAUCCAAGUUUUCCUCACCGUUGGAUGAAUCUAAAGCGUGUUUCUUUAAUGACUUCAUUCAGGUUAUUCAGAUAAAACAUCAACCCUCUGAUUCUGAAUAUUUACUGUCCCGAAAAUAUCAUGUUCGCUAGUUUUAACAGCUUCCUGUACAGUUUAUAAACCCAAGUACACCUCCGUAUGUGCAUUUGAGACACAUAAAAACAGAACCAAAGUUGUCACGAUCAAAUAAAUAUGAGAUUUAAAUAUGAGAUCAUUUUCUUCCACUUUAAGAAGCUCACGAGUGGAUGAGAGGCAGGGGGACAUUCUACGGCAUAACACCUGACCCCCUCUUCUCCUCCUCCUCCUCCUCCUCCUCCUCUUACAGUGAGGUGAAGUGGGUUUAAUAUUCGACAGAAACGUGUUUUUCGGGUUAACCUGAAAGAACUAAGUACGGUUUUCAUCACACUAUUGCAGUUUAUAACAAUAUUAUUAAUAAUAAUUAUUGUUAUAGUUCUCGAAUAUUGCAUCAUUUUCACCUGACUUUUAACUCCUUCAGUCUGUAGAGGGAAUAUGGAGGGUUAGGAAAGGUUCAUAAAAGGUUUAAAAGUAGUUAAUAAACUUUUAAGAUUAGUUAAUCAAUAGUUUAAGAUUAGUUAAUAAGAACUUUAAGAGUAGGUAAUAACAGUUAAAGAGUAGUUAAUCAAUAGUGUUAGUGUAGUUCAUUAAUAGUUCUAUUGGAAACUGAUGAGGGUCCUGAUUGGUCAGAAAAGGAUCAUCCCUGAAAGGUUCUGUCCUCAGAACUUGGCCCGGUCCAGGUUCUCCACCUCUUCAAUAACAGUGUUUCUCUGUUUUUCAGUCUCUGCUGAUCGGACGGCCAUCUUGUCUUGUCCGUGUCUGGAUGUCAACAAAAACGUCACUGGUCUGAUGAUCACCUCACCUGACCUUCAGGAAGGCAAGUAUGUCGCCUUUUGGAAAGACUUCAUCCUAGAUCCAACCAACCAGAGUCCAAAGUUCUCUGGACGAGUGAACUGCUCAGAAGACUGGACCUGCAGGAUCCAAGACAUGACCAGCAGUGAUCCGGAUCAAUACGAGUGCCGAGUUUUCUACAACGGACCGGAUCCUGACAGUGAUCCAGAGGAAUACAACUGCUCCGCGACGGUCACAAACACAACGGUCACAAAACCGACGGUCACAAACACGAUGGUCCCAGGUGAGUAGAUCCAUCUCCUGUGAACAGUGCAAAAGUACGGUGAAUAAAAAUUAAGAAUUAUAUAUACAUAUAUAUAUAUAUAAUUCUUAAUUUAUAUAUAUAUACAUAUAUAUAUAAAUAUAUAUGUGUGUGUGUAUAUAUAUAUAUAAUUCUUAAUUUAUAUAUAUACAUAUAUAUGUGUAUACACUCACCGGCCACUUUAUUAGGUACACCAUGCUAGUAACGGGUUGGACCCCCUUUUGCCUUCAGAACUGCCUCAAUUCUUCGUGGCAUAGAUUCAACAAGGUGCUGGAAGCAUUCCUCAGAGAGCUUGGUCCAUAUUGACAUGAUGGCAUCACACAGUUGCCGCAGAUUUGUCGGCUGCACAUCCAUGAUGCGAAUCUCCCGUUCCACCACAUCCCAAAGCUGCUCUAUUGGAUUGAGAUCUGGUGACUGUGGAGGCCAUUUGAGUACAGUGAACUCAUUGUCCUGUUCAAGAAACCAGUCUGAGAUGAUUCCAGCUUUAUGACAUGGCGCAUUAUCCUGCUGAAAGUAGCCAUCAGAAGUUGGGUACAUUGUGGUCAUAAAGGGAUGGACAUGGUCAGCAACAAUACUCAGGUAGGCUGUGGCGUUGCAACGAUGCUCAAUUGGUACCAAGGGGCCCAAAGAGUGCCAAGAAAAUAUUCCCCACACCAUGACACCACCACCACCAGCCUGAACCGUUGAUACAAGGCAGGAUGGAUCCAUGCUUUCAUGUUGUUGACGCCAAAUUCUGACCCUACCAUCCGAAUGUCGCAGCAGAAAUCGAGACUCAUCAGACCAGGCAAUGUUUUUCCAAUCUUCUAUUGUCCAAUUUCGAUGAGCUUGUGCAAAUUGUAGCCUCAGUUUCCUGUUCUUAGCUGAAAGGAGUGGCACCCGGCGUGGUCUUCUGCUGCUGUAGCCCAUCUGCCUCAAAGUUCGACGUACUGUGCGUUCAGAGAUGCUCUUCUGCCUACCUUGGUUGUAACGGGUGGUUAUUUGAGUCACUGUUGCCUUUCUAUCAGCUCGAACCAGUCUGGCCAUUCUCCUCUGACCUCUGGCAUCAACAAGGCAUUUCCGCCCACAGAACUGCCGCUCACUGGAUAUUUUUUCUUUUUCGGACCAUUCUCUGUAAACCCUAGAGAUGGUUGUGCGUGAAAAUCCCAGUAGAUCAGCAGUUUCUGAAAUACUCAGACCAACCCUUCUGGCACCAACAACCAUGCCACGUUCAAAGUCACUCAAAUCACCUUUCUUCCCCAUACUGAUGCUCGGUUUGAACUGCAGGAGAUUGUCUUGACCAUGUCUACAUGCCUAAAUGCACUAAGUUACCGCCAUGUGAUUGGCUGAUUAGAAAUUAAGUGUUAACGAGCAGUUGGACAGGUGUACCUAAUAAAGUGGCCGGUGAGUGUAUAUGUGUGUAUAUAUACAUGUAUUGCAGAAUGUUUGAUAUUCACAGAUGAAGUCAGUAUCUCCAGGUGGUUCUCUGCAGCAGCAGUGAUCGUAUGUUGCUCUUGUUGCCUCAUAUUGAGGACUGGGGUUUUGGUCUGUGGGAGUUCAAGGUGGUGACGAUGUCUCCUGAGAAGAAACUCUUCUUCAGUCUGUUGGACUGUGACUGAAGAUCCUGAUUCUGAUCCUGGUUCUGGUUCUGGUUCUGAACAGAAACAGAUCUCUUCAUGGUCUAACUGGAAUGUCUCCUCCUCUGCAGGUGGACUCUCUGACCUGGAAAUAUUUUUCUCGUUUCUUGGAGUCAUCGCUGGGAUUGUAGUGUUUGCAGGGAUUGGGAUUGUGGUCGUUUCCAUGUGCAAAAAGGAAAAAGAGAAAAAGGCUGGGCCACUCAACAUCAGUGGGGACAACAGCAGCGAGGACAACAGUGAGGACAACAGUGAGGACAACAGCGACAACAACAGAGACAACAGCAGUGACGACCAGGGAGCGCUGCUACACAAUGUCCCAGUCCGCUCCCCCCGACUGGGACAGCAUGAGGCUGUAAAGUUUUCUGCUGUCUGCAGAGAGGAACCCUAA